UCUUAAAUUUAAAAAAAUUAAAAUAUAUUAAUAUAAGAAUCGGUACAGAGUAGAGUUAAAAUAAUGAGCGAAAUUUUAUGGUUUUUAAGCGCUUUAUUCUUCCUAUAUUUAUCCUAUCGAUAUGCUGUCGGUCGUCCAGCAGGAUUUCCGCCAGGUCCUCCACGCAUUCCACUCUUUGGAAGUUAUUUAUUUAUGAUGAUGUCUAACUUUAAAUAUUUACAUAAAGGAGUAUUAAAGUUUUCAAAGUGGUAUAAAUCAGAUAUAAUUGGAUUUCACGUUGGUUCAUUACCAGUAGUUGCAGUACAUAAUGCAGAAGGCAUAAGACAAGUUUUAAAUAAUCAGAGUUUCGAUGGACGAACUCACAUUCGACAAACGUUUCUAGCAGAAAUGAGAGAACCUGAUGGAAAUAUUUUGGGUAUAUUUUUCCAAGAAGGACUUUUUUGGAAGGAGCAACGUCGUUUUAUUGUGCGUUACUUAAGAGAUUUUGGAUUCGGAAGACGCUUCGAACAACUGGAAUUGGUUAUACAGGAAGAGUUAACUGAUAUGCUAGAUCUAAUACGAAAUGGUCCACUUUAUGAACAUGAAAAAGAAAUUGUAAAACCAGGUGGAUAUAGAGUAUUACUGCCAUCAUUAUUACAUCCUUUUUCUGGAAAUAGUCUAUUUCAUAUUAUAUAUAAUGAGAGACAUCCACGAUCAGAACAGGGAGUUUUAUUGAAAUUAACUCAAAUGGCAAUGCAGUUUCAAAGAGAGGGUGAUAGUUAUGGCAAACUAUUAAGUAUAAUACCUUGGAUAACAAAUAUUUUUCCGAAUUGGAGUUCUUAUAAUAAACUCAUGGAAGCAAAUAUAUUUCUUUACAAAUAUUUCUCCAAUUUCAUUGAUCGUCAUAUUGAAACAUAUCAAGAUGACUAUGAAAGAAAUUUCUUAGAUUUAUAUAUUAAAGAAAUGAAGCAAGCAGAAGCUGAGGGCAAAACAGACUCCACUUUCUCACGUAAACAAUUCAUAAUGAGUUUAAUUGAUUUCUCAAUCCCUGCUUUAAGUACAACCGGUGUACAGAUCACGUUUUUAAUACAGUAUUUAUUGCUCUACCCAGAGGUGAUGAAACGCAUUCAAAAAGAAAUUGAUGAAGUUGUAGGUAGUGGACGUUUACCUACUUUGGAAGAUCGUAAAAAAAUGCAUUACACAGAAGCAACCAUACGUGAAGGUUUACGUAUUGCAACAUUGCUACCAUCAGAUGUAGCACACAAAGCUUUAGAGGAUACUGAGUUAAUGGGUUAUAAGGUGCCAAAAAAUACAGUCAUAAUUCCCGGUUUGUAUGCAUAUCAUAUGGACGAACGUAUUUGGGGUGAUCCAGAAAAUUUCAGACCAGAACGUUUUCUAGACGACGAAGGAAAGUUAUGUUUAAAGAAGGAUAUGUCUUUGCCGUUCAGUGCAGGAAAACGUUCAUGUGCUGGAGAAACAUUUGCUAGAAAUAUGCUUUUCCUUAUGACAACUACGUUAUGUCAACAUUUUAAUUUUGUUUUGGCACCUGGUGAUAAGUUACCCGAUUUAUCUGAAACUUUAAGUGGGUUAAUUUCAUCACCACCAGAUUUUUGGGUGCAAUUGGAAGACAGAAAAUAAGUCUAUGUUUAAUUUAAUAUUUAGAAAUUCAUAACAAUAUAGUUAAUUAGUAAAUGUGCGAAGUUUAAUAA